CCAUGGGGAAACAAGAACACAAGGACCAUGCUUAAACAAAUAUUUCCGGCCUCGGAACCCUAUUCGUGCGGCUGUCAGUGGUGACUGGCCGGCUCUGGUCGAACCCGAGCUUCAAGUUCCUGUUGUUCUUGAGCGUCGGCAAUGGCUCGGACUGUCCCGGUCUGGUCUGGAAAACAACAGUGGAAAGGAAAAUAAUAAGAUGAGGAGGUCAAGCAAGGUAACUACAGUACUACUGGUAUGGUGAACAGUUAAUGCCAAACAGUUCUCGUGCCUGUCUGCCCCUGCCUUCCUUACCAUCCAUCUGAGCUCCACCAUGCUUACAAACUUGAAACUUACAACCCUUUUCCUGUCAUUUCACUUCGCCGUGGCCGCUCUGGCAGGGAGGUGCAAACCAGACCCGCCGCCCUUCAGCACCUUCCCCCGACGCAUCAUCUACGACCCACCCGCCGGCAAGCGCGCCUCGUACCCCCGACACGUCGAGCUCAAGGACGGCACUCUCCUCGUCACCUCCAGCAUCAUCGGCGGCGACUUCUUUGCCGGCAGCAACUCAUCCUUCCCCGUCUUCGAGAGUAAAGACGGCGGCGUUCAUUGGAAAUGGAUCUCCAACAUCACCGACCAAGUCAACGGUUGGGGCAUGAGCGCACAGCCGGCCCUGCUUGAACUGCAGAAGCCGCUCGGCGGGUUCAGGGCCGGCACCAUUCUCUUCUCGGGAAACAGCUGGAGCGAAAACGGCACCCGCAUCGACCUGUACGCCAGCACCGACAAGGCGCGCACCUGGAAGUUCGUCAGCCACGUAGCCGAGGGUGGCCGUCCCAACACAACCAACGGCGCCACGCCUGUCUGGGAACCCUUCCUCCUCGAAUACAAGGACGAGCUCAUAGUCUACUACUCGGACCAGCGGGACCCCAAGCAUGGACAGAAACUCGCCCAUCAACGGUCCAAAGACCUCCGCACCUGGGGUCCCGUCGUCAAUGAUGUCCGGUACGACGAAUAUCUCGCUCGUCCGGGAAUGACUGUCGUAGCCAAGAUCGAAACCAUCAACAAGUGGAUCCUGGUGCACGAGUUGCCUGUCGGGAACUCAAGCUCCUACGGCGUCAACUACCCGGUCUACUACCACAUCGCCGACGAGCCGACAAAGUUUGACUCGGCUCCUGGGAUCCCCAUUGUCAUUGACGGAAAGCUCGCGCCGAAUGCCUCGCCGUAUGUGGUCUGGUCUCCUGCUGGCGGGCCCAACGGCACCAUCGUGGUCUCGGACGCUGAUCGGAGCGAGAUCUAUACCAACCGGUUUGGUGGGGACCCGGACAAGUGGGAGAUGCAUGCUAUUGAGCAGCCUGCUGCUUACAGCCGGGCUUUGCAUAUAUUCAGGAGGGAUCCGAAAAAGUUGAUGGUGCUGGGUGGCGCGACCUUUGAUGAAGGCGGUCCGGAUGAACUGAGCCUGAGUGUCCUCAACUUGAUUGAGGUGUUAAAGACGAGGGUACAUCCUGCGUAGUUUACCUCUUGGUUGUUAUGGGUUGUAGUACUGACCACGGUUAUGUGCUGUGGAUGAUAAAUAUGAUCAAGUCC